GUUACAAACAGCGGAAAUCGGUAACCACACGUGGAGCAGAGAACGUUCCUAAAGUCCAACAGAUAAUCCUCUACGAUUUUGAUGCCUCGAAAGAAGCCUUUCAGUUCAAAGCAAAAGAAGUUUCAAUUGCAAGAUAAGCGUCAAAGAAAGAAGGAAUCCACUCAUGAUGAAAAUGGUCCUGAGUAUGAAGAGCUGGAGGUCAAUGUCAAAGGUCAGGAUCCAUCACAGCCUCAGAAAAGUGUGAGGAAAGGCAAAUCAGGAGGUGACAGAAAAAAUAACCCUAACAGAUAUCGUCUGCAGUUUUUUAAAGAGAGUAAUGAAGAGAUUGAUAGAAGAAAGAAACUAGCGAGACGAUCUUUACGUCGUAUCCCUGAGGAUGCGUUGGAGGUGAAUAUCGACCAGGUGUACCAGCCUGGGUCUGUCCUUGAUCUCCCCAGACGACCCCCAUGGGACUACUCUCUAACUAAAGCCCAGUUAGAGGCCAGUGAACAGAAGUACUUUCAGGACUACACAGAGGCAAUCUUUGACAAGUUCCCUCCGGACCAACUGAGCUACUUUGAGUUGAAUUUAGAAACUUGGCGGCAGUUAUGGCGAGUGUUAGAGAUGUCAGAUGUUCUGCUGCUUAUUCUGGACAUCCGGUAUCCGGUUUUACACAUGUCGCCAGCCUUGUACCAUACGGUGACACACGAACUUGGCAAGUCUAUCAUCAUCAUCCUGAACAAAAUCGACCUGGCACCACCCUCUCUGGUCAUUGCAUGGAAACAUUUCCUACAGGAAAAAUACAAAAAAGUCCACAUUGUCUUGUUUACAUCCUAUCCAAACGAGGCUCUGGCAGAGGGAGGUGAUGAGAGAAAAGCUAAAAUGAGACGUAAGCGUGGAGGCGGAGCCUGGACCAGGGCUAUGGGUCAGGGUCAGCUACUGGAGGUGUGUAAGAAUAUUGUCGGUGACAAAGGUCAGUAAACAGGUGUCACAAAAAAUAUUGUGAUAAACAUUGUCUCUAGUCUUUACUUUGUAUCACUGAGGUGGACAUGUAACUGUUGUCAGUCGACGAUUCAGACAUCAAUAUACUGUUAACAUAUAUAUCUUAGUGGUAAUUUUAUUUUGGCACUUUCAAAGUGAAAGUAUUCUGUAAACUUAUGACGGCACUAAUUGUAAUUUCUGUAAAUUGUUUUC